AUGGAAACUAAUCACGACCAUGAGCUUCCACUCUUACAAGGACAGGCCAAUGGUGCAUCCAACAAUACCAACGCUACCAACACCAACAAUAGUGUUGACGAGGAUGGUUUGAUGGGGUCUGAGCUUGGGUCUGAGCUUGACCUUGUCAUUGGAGCAGUUGUUGACUCCGGAGAAAAGAAGAAAGAGAAUCAACUGGACUCUUCCACACAUUACGGUCGCUUGUUCAACCAGGAAUAUCACGACAAUACUGAUUUCCAAAAUGACUUCUUUCCAAUGGUUAUUGAUUGUUCUUGGUUGAAUUCUUUGGGCAGCCAAUAG